CAGCCCACCAAAAGACAAAAGCUUCUUCUUGCCUUUCCAGUACCUAUCCUUUACAAAAAUUGAUCACACACGAUUAUGAGUAUGAGUAGAUCUCCAGGAAGACCAGAGCAGUCCGUCAAUGGCGGGUCGUCGACGACGGACCCUACCAUGUCCCUCAAUAGCAAGGGUGAAAUGGUCCUCAGUAACCGCGUAUGGACCUUUCACCGGUUCAUAACGGGAUUGAAGAGUGGAAGGGCGCCGAUCAGUUUGAUUUUGAUUGCAUUUAUUACGUCGCUUGCAACUGGGAUCGCUUUUUUGGCAUGGGGAUUGACUUUUCGUGCCGCCACGAACUCGGCAACUAUUCUGGCACAAGCUCUUCAGAGGCGAAUUAUUGACCAAGUGGUUUCGGAUGUUGCCGUUCGUUUUCUAGCAGUAGAGGCAUCAACCGCAGUCUCUGUGCUUAACUUUCGCCAGGGUUAUUACUCCGCGGCCACGUAUGCAGACAAGGAUAUCACGACCCAAAAAUUGCUCAAUGUCCUCGUUCCCAACGUCAAUUUCUACUCAACUCAAUACUUUACUACCGUUCCAGAGGGUGAGUUAUGGGGAGCGUCGACUUCGACACAAGGAACAGUCAGAGAAUACCACCUAUGGCGACAAUAUGGGGGGAAUCUGACCACCUGGGACGUUGCCGCAAAUGGAACCAAUCUCGGCCCUGUGACUAGUGACCUCAACCAAAAUAAUACCAAUUCUUACUGGGUUCAAGCGAUCGAUGUGUCAAAUGCCAACGCGUUCAAUUGGUCAUCGGUGCAAGUUUGGGACUAUAAAGGAUGGAAGAGUUUUCUUCGCGUCUUUUCGGACGACCAUGGCACAAUUCAAGGUGUUGUCGGAGCGGACCUUACAUUAAGCUUUAUUCAAACUCUCUUGGCGGAAUCAAAAGCAUCGAUCCCGUACAACAACCUAUUGUACGCAUUUGAAAUGGCCGGAGGGACGGAUACGAUCGUGGCUUCAUCUGAGCCAGAUGUCCAGCUCUACGAACUAGAUUCGAACGGUGCGGCCGUACGAGCGCUGACCUUACCCGAAAUUGCGGUUACGGAUAAGGACACCGCUGCAUUGUAUCAAUUGCUGCAAACAAAAUCGGAUGGUUCUCUCUCCCACUGGCUAUCUAUACAUCCAACUAAUGAGGCGGUGGAGCUUGAAUUAUCGGGUGGCACGUUCAGUAUGAUGGUUGGCAGAAUUCAGCGAGCGAACACAGAUUUGGCCAUCAUCGCUUUUAUCAACCGUGAUGCGAUCAUGGGCGAAUUACAAGCUGCCAAUCGUAAAACGAUCGCGAUCGUUGCUGGAGUGGUAGUGGCUGGAUGUUCGGUUGCGGUUGUGUUUUCGUUCUUUUUGGCAAAGGCGCUGCAUCGAAUUACACGGGACUUGAGAAUGUUGGCCAAUUUCAAGUUUCAAGACGUCUUGCAGCAAGAUAUCGAUAAGGAGUCUGGAGUUCGUCGGCCCCAGUAUAGUCGUAUAUCAGAGCUCUGGCAGAUUCAGCGAGCGUUUCACAAGAUGGUGAUCACCUUUGCGCGAGCGGUUUCGCAAAACAAGCGGUUCUCUGAGCGACGGCCAACCCUGCUUAAUAAUCAGCAUAGAGAGAUGAUGCCGAGCCCCUCCCCCGAGGACGGAAGAGAUUCAAUUGGACCAAGUAGUGGAUAUCAAGUUGAGACCGAAGACCCUGUUUAAACAUGUGAUGUCGUGUCAUUUCGCAACUGAAAAGUUACUGAAAAGUGGUAAAAACGUUACGGGAGAGAAAAGGUCUCGAGUAUCUAUCUAUAAAUGUUUUCUUCAAUGUAUGUCAUUUUUAUAUUUAUUGAAUCCGAAUCCAUACAACGAGCAGUACAUUCAGCCAUCGGAUGAUUGGCGUAUGGCCCAUCUGGUGGGCUCGCACUUUGAAGGAACUAUACAUCAG